AUGGCCGGACUAGGAGCCUCCCCAGAAAUGAAGAUGCAGAAGAGUUAUGUAGACCCACAAAACCACAGAAGCGGCUAUGAUAGCUUGUUUGGAGUCCGCGUGCAGGUUCAAGGAAUUAAAGGCCAGCCUUUUGUAGUUUUGAACACUUCUGGUGAAGAAAGCCACAAAGACGUGUCAGUGAUCACUCACCAGUCCGGAUACAAGCCGGGCAUGGUGAGGAGAUCCGUGGAUGAGACCAGCUCCUCUUUAGAGUUUCAUUACCAGAAACAUCCAGAGAUCCUAAAACCGUACGACCCAAGAAGCAACAACCUGAAGUAUCUCGAACCUUCGCGAACCCUUCCUGGAAAAAGCGCUGAGCGGGCAAAAGCCAGAAUUCCGCUUCCAGCAGAAGGACCGUCCGACGACCAGAACACCACUCCUUCAGAGUGCCCACUUCCCACAAGGUCCCUAAACUCAGUUGACUCAGAACCCUCCAUGUCUGUGGGCAAACUAAUUAACCAGUUCAACAGCAGCCAGCGCAGGGGAAGGGGCGGCCCCAGGAAUCGGCUGGAUCCAGAGGAAACACGGAGGUCAAGGAGCGUGGACAGCGGCCGAGCUUCCGACUCGUCUUCCUCCUCCUCCAGUGGGACGCCAUCUCUGAGGGGGGGCGUCGGCGGGAUGUAUCCUCCAGGGUCAGCCCGGGCUCGACUGCUGGGUGGGGAGAUCAACAAUAGACAAGAGAACAAAACGCUUAAAGCACAUCAAGGGAUUGACGUAGCGACAAAAGCAGUUCACAGAACUAAAGAAUCGUCGCACAGCACCUGCGCGGUUGCAACUGAUGAACGAGAUGCUCAGGUCACUCCUGAUCUUCUGAAAGGACAGCAGGUGUCGGUCAACCCAAAGGAAGAUGCAGCAAAACAAAUGCUCUUCACAUACCUCAAGGAAGGGACAACUGAUGAACUAUCAGUCACCAAAAGGAAAGUCGAGCUGCUGCUUGAAAGGAUCAACAGACUCAAGUGGAAAACGGCUGAGAAUGUGGAGGAGGAGGUGAACGAUCGGACGGUAGAGGUGAAACACCUGCUGGAGAAAAGGGAAGCAUUGGAGUCACAAGUGUGUGACUUGAAGCAACAACUGGAUACUGAGAUGAAGAAUGAAAAGACACUCGCCAAAGCCUGCGAGAAAGCCCGGACCGAGAAGAAGAAGCUCCAGGAAGAGGUGACCAAGAGUCAGGCUGAGCUCUCCAAACUUAGGAACAAACUGAUGGAACUUGAGGCACAGCUCAAGUCUGCUAGAGAAGAGUUGACUCAGAUGAUCUCAGACAGGGAACGUUCUAAAGCGCAGAUGAAGGAUCUUCAGCAGCAGCUUUCUGAGAUGCACGACGAACUGGACCAGUCCAAGAAGGCAGAGUUGAUCAAUGCGGAGAAAGAAGUCCUUUUGAAGGAAAUGGCCCAGCUGCGUGCAGAUUUUCAGGAGAUGUUGUUGGUGAAGGAGGAGCAUGAGGAGCUUCUGCAAGAGCAGGGGAAGGAGCUCAGUGACUUGAAGGCGGCAAUCAAAGAUGAAGUGGAGACCCACGAUAAAUACAUUGCAGCUCUCAAGCAAGAAUAUGAGCUAGAGCUUGAACAUCUCCUUAGGGAUCUGGAGAAGACCAAAGAGACCAACGAUGUGCUUGGCCGCGAGAAGGUCGACGCAUUGGAGGAGGGCGCCGCUGCCAAGGAGAAGGUGCAUGACCUAAGCCGGCAAAGAGAUCAAUUUAAAGGAAAAGUGCAGGAGCUGAGUAGUAAGGUGGAUCAGAUGAGCUGCACCGUUCAGGAGUCCAAAGCCUCGGAGAGACUGCAGGAACAACGCGUGAAGCAGCUAGAGAGGGAAAAGCAGCAGUUAGAGGAAACUUUGCAGGACGUGAGGAGAAAUGAAGAGGAAAUGUGUCAGUCCAACCGCUUGCUGCUGACUCGUCUGGAGGAAGUGCAAAGUAAACUGACCAAACUCAAUCACGAGCACAGGGACAUGAAAGAGAAACUCAGGGAGGAGCGGAAACAAACGGAAGACUUGUGGAAGUGCAAAAGUGAGCUGGAGGAUGAGAGGAGGUUGCAGGAUAGGACGGUGGAACAACUGCAGAGGAAGAUGAAUAGCAUCAUGGAGGACUGCGAAGCGUCUACAGAUGUUCUUCAGAGCCAGGUCGACGAGGCCAAAGAGAGGAGUCAGAGGGAGUUGGCUGAGCUGCGCAGACAGCUGCAGGAAAAAGGAGCUGAGCUGGAGAAAUCCCGACUCGCAGCCAAAAAGCUACAGGAUGAGCUAGUUCCUUUGGAGGAGGAUCUGCGGAGGUGUCACGGGGAGCAGCAGCAGGCCCAGUCCAUUGCCCGGCAGCUGGAGGAGAAAGUGGAGGAGCUGGAGGAAAGGAACGCAAGCACAGUGGAGGAGCGCGAGAGGCAUGUCAAACUCCUGGAGGGUCGCAUCGGUCAGCUGGAGGAAGAUGUGAACGAUGAGCGCAACACUGCAGAUCGCCUGAUGGAGCGAUUAGACAAAACCAAAGAGCAGGUGGAUGAAAUGAGGAGUGAGUUGAUGCAGGAGAGAGCAGUCAGACAAGACCUGGAGUGUGACAACAUAAGCCUGGAAAGACAGAAUAAAGACCUGAAGAGCAGACUGUCUCAUUUAGAAGGCUCACAGAGGACCAACCAGGAUUCUCUCAUUUCCAAGCUCAACAGCCGCAUUCAGGAACUUGAGGAGAGGCUGCAAGGAGAGGAAAGGGACAACAACAACUUGCAGCAAACCAACCGCAAGCUUGAGCGUAAGGUGAAGGAGAUGAAGAUGCAGGCCGACGAGGAGCACGCUAACCUACAGACGCAGAGGGACCAGCUGACUCAAAGGCUGAAGACAGCCAAGCGGCAGAUGGAUGAGGCGGAGGAGGAGAUCGAGCGUCUGGAGCAUGCCAAGAAGAAGCUGCAGAGAGAGCUAGAGGAGCAGCUUGAGGCCAACGAGCAUCUUCAUGGCCAAAUCGACACCAUGAGGAAAGACAUGAGGCGCAAACGGAAAUCACCUCCUACAAUCAAAGUGGCGGAAGAUAGAGACAGGCUGGAUGACACUGGUUCUGAUUAA